AUGUCUGUACAACAAAAGCAAGGCUACCAACAAAGCUCCAUGAACAAAGCUCGCACCAUCUACAAGUACUUCACCGCGGUCGAACAAAGUGAAGGUGUGGGAGCUAAGGUCAGAAGAUCGAUCGGGACUUUGAAGCUCCGUAACUUCACACCAUUUUUGAUGCUAGAUCAUUUUACGGUUGCACCUCCAGCUGGAUUUCCAGAUCACCCUCAUCACGGCCAAGAAACCAUAACUUACGUAUUGGGUGGCAUGAUCGCUCACGAAGAUUUCACAGGGUCCCAGGGCGUUCUCAGACCUGGUGACUUGCAAUUUAUGACCGCGGGGAAGGGUAUUGUGCACUCAGAAAUCCCUGUAAAGCUUGAUUCCGAUGAACCUGCCGUUGGACUACAACUGUGGGUUGAUUUGCCUGAAAAACUCAAAGACUGCGAACCUCGUUACCGAGACCUCCGCAAGGACGAAACGCCGAUUGCAAAUCCUCAUGAUGGAUUGGAAGUGCGAGUCAUCAGUGGUAAGUCAUAUGGGGUUGAGUCCCUCAGUGAACUUGCUUACACACCUGUGAAUUUAUAUCAUUUCAUCUCAUCUAAACCUGAAACGAAGUUUCAACAAACCUUCCCAGAUGACUUCAACGUUUUCAUGUAUGUGCUUAAAGGUACCGUAAACGUUAACAAUCAGGAUUUCCCACAGUAUUCUUCGAUCUUUUUCAAGGCAGAUGGCUCUCAUGUGGAAGGCUUUAGUGCUUCCGAUGACUCAGAAUUUGUUCUUGUCGGCGGUCAGAUGCUCGAGCAGCCGAUCGUGCAACAUGGCCCAUUCGUCGAGACCUCUCGUGAGCGCAUGAUAAAAGUGUUCGGUAAUUAUCAAAGCGGUACGAAUGGGUUUGAACGAGCUCCUGGCUGGACGUCCUCUAUUUCCAACGGUAUUGCUCAAGAUCGGCUUUCAGAUUUUGAAAAGUCGUCUUCAUAG